CUUGGAGACGGUGAAGCGUCGGGGGGCCCGGGGUCGGUCGGGGGUACCGGGGGUGACAGGGGCCGGGGGCUGCACUGCUCCCCCCGGGGUCACGCCUGGAAGGGCACCGCGGUUCGGGGGAGCCACGCCACCGCCUCACCUGAGGGUCCGGCAGCAGGAGCUCCCAGGCGAGGCAUGGAGGGCGGGCAGGAGAUCCCGGCCCUCACCGACACGGCUGCCGAGUUCCUGACCCUCAUCGGGCUGAAGGAGCUGGAGCACUGCCUGUUCGCCGAGACGCUGGCAGUGGUGGGCACAGGGGACCCGCCAAGGGACAAGGCAGAGGGCCAGUGGUGGAUGGCAGCCCAGUGGGCACCCUACAAACGGGAAGGUGAGCCAGUGCGGAACUGCAUCCUGGUGCAAGCCAGGUUCCGAGGCUGGCAGGAUGGCGUGCCUAGAUCCAGCACCCUCAAAGCCUUUGUGACCCCACAGCUGGAGACCCUGGAGCAGGAGGAGCAGGAGUGCUUGGAGCUCAGACCACACCCCACAGAGAAGACUACCCACAUGGUGAGCCACCAGCAUGGAAUGACUGUCACGAAGACCCUCCAGGAGGGAGAGGUGGAGCCACAGUGCCAGAGCUUCUUCCUCUUCUCUCUUCUCUUCUUCUUCUCCUACAGCCAGGCCGAGCUGCGGGGGCUGCUGCUGGAGGGUGCCAGCCUCCUGCUGCUGCGGGUGCUGGCACGCCGGCACACAGUGCCCCCUGGCCUCAUCUUCCCCGCCAUCGACACCGAGGGCCACCUCUGCACCUCCAGCUACUCUGCCCUGGGCAUCCAGCGUCAGGCAGUGGGCUCUGCAGAGACGGAGGUGUUUGUGAUGGAGCGAGCCAUGCACACCAGCACAGGCGUCUCCACUGUCUGGCAGAGCAGCUUCCUCCCCAAUGGGCGUUUGGUUCAGAUGAUGCAGGUUGGCUCCCCGACGUUGAUGCUUCUGCAGGAUGAGUCCAUCCUCAGCAAGUCAGGUGGGUUUGAGCCCCAGCUCCCCUUCCCCAAAGAGCCCCUGAACUGGGAGGAGGACAUCCAGCUCUGCUCCUGGUUUCCUGGACAGGAAGGAGGACUGCAACUAUCCCAUGCUGCCUACCUCCAGCAGCACCCUGAGGUCCGGGCGCUGCUGUCUGACUUCCUUCAGGCCUUGCUGCUCCAGCAGCCCCAUGACCCCAUCUUCGCUGCAGAAUUCUUCACCCACCAGCGGCCCUUUGCCUCCACUGCUGCCAGCCCUCUCCCCGGCUCCCCACCUGACCAACCUCCAGCUAACGGGGAAUAAAGCUGCCAAUACUGC